UUUCUUUCUCAUUUAAUUUUUCUGUGAUAAUGUUAAUUUUUUUUAAUGUUAGCUUGAAUUGCUUGAGGGGUUUUCAAAUUAUUUGGUGGGUGGUUUUUCCUUUUCUUUUUGGGGUGUAAUUUUCUGCUUAGGGUUUGUUAUGUUCUUUGUGCUUUUUUUCUGGGUUCUGUUGAAAACAUUAGUAAUUUUCGAUCUGAUUAGGUCAGUUUGUUUUGAAUUUUUUGUAGUUUUCUGGGUUGUACUACUUUUGAUUUCUGAUAUUGUAAACCCUUUAUUAGAGUAUAAUCAAUUAUAGGCUUUUGACUAAUUUUGAACUGUAACAUAUGCUCUGAUACUAAUUUGUUCCAUGUCAUUUGGAUAAUGUUAUGUUACUUAUAUUUUUCCCCUUAACUAACAUUCUUUUAGCUCUUAAGUUUUAAUAAUAAUAGAAAAUUGCGUACAAUCUGCUGAAUAAGUGAUUCUUUUAUCAGUAUCUUUUAAAUUGAUUAGUGGUUCCAUCUUUUUGUUGCUCCUAAGGCCUUCAUCAUGUUAGUGGCGUUUUAUUUAUUUCAGUAUUUUGCUUUGUUGUGCUGUCGAUGUUGAUUUUUUUUUAGCCGAGUUCAAGUCUACGUGAUGCGAUUAAUUUCUGACCGGUUUGUGGGGCUCACUUUUGUUUUUUUUACUCUUUUAUUUGCUUGGGAGAAUUUAAUUAGGACAUGACCAAACUUUUUUUGAGUUAUAAAUGAGACUUGCAUCCUUGAAAAGGACAAAGUGACGAAAGUAGAUCUGAUUGUUUUUUCUAGGCCAAUCUGCCAUCUCUUACAUUCUCUCCAACAAUUUAUUUUCCAUCCUUUCUUUAGGGGGAAAAGGGUAAGAAAUUCCAUAUAUGGGAGUUGGAUCACUGUCAUUAAACACCAGAGUCAUUGGCUAAGAGAUUAUUUGGUUAAGGAUGAAAAUUUGCAUUAGUCAUUGUAUGUUUGGUUGACAUAUGGUAUUAAAUUAGUAUUUCUCAUUAUCUUACAAAGCAACACAGUGUUAUUGCUAGAACAUGGAAAAUAAACUCCAGGAUUACAUGUUUUCUAAAACAAGAGGAAUCAAAAAUCCAUUAGCUGCACCUUUGAAUAUGGCGUUUAUUUCAUUUGCUUUUACAGGCAUCAUGUGCUUGGCUAUUCUGUAUCUGGCCAUCUAUAUACUCUAAUUAAGAAGUGCAUGUAAGCGGUGAUGGAACAGUUUAUUGUGAUCAAAAUUUUCCUCAGUUUCCAAAGUUAGCUAUAUCCGGUGUUUAGGCUACAUUUUAAUUCUUUCUGGGUCAGCUGAUAAAAGGAGAACUUUCUGUCACCUUGUGAUUUCCUCAUUUUUCCUUGCUUAUGCGAAUAAAUUGUUACUCAACAACCUACUACUUUCAGGAAGUGAAGGUGUGGGAAAUUGUAUUAGCCAACUUGAUUUCGAUUUAUCUUCCUAGUCACCCUUUUGAAGUCUCAGCUGAUUUGGGCAAGGAGUCUCCUUUUCUUUUUCUUUCUUGCUAAAGUAGGUUAAGAUUGCAUUUACUUGGGAACAUUUUAUGGGCACAAUUAAAUGAAAAUGUUUAAUUGAUCAAGGCCUUAAAUUCUCAUUCGCCUAAGAUUCAAAUGACAACAUUCCUUUUUAGGAUGGGUAGCCAGUAUUGAUAUCUUGGAAUUAUCUAUGUGAUCUUCCUUCCUAUAUGGUUCUUUAAUUUCUUGAAUUCGUUGUAGUUAGUUACUUGUCACCCUAGAUCCUGCGUCAUCAAGCUGUAUCAUGAAUUGGAAUCAUAGCAUUCUAUUCUAUCUUGUACUCUUACUGUAUAAACCAUGUAUCCAAGUACAUCUACAUUUGAUCUUCUUCUGCUUGAGCUGCAGCAAACUGUUAUGGCAGAAAUUUCAUUUUGUCUCUUCCAUUCUUCUAAAGGACGUCUUUCAUCUUGUCUCGAUCCAUGAACAAGGCCAACUAGCACAGAAACUUUUCAACUCGUCUUAAAGGAUUUCUUUAACAUAGUAUUGGCCAGUUUUGCAAUUAUCUUCUGAUCUCGUGUGUUUGUCAAACCUUUCAGUUGUAUAUCUGACUCUUUAGAUACUUUUUUUUAUGUUUUCUAAUAUGCGGUGUAUUCUGCAAAGAAAUUUGAUUACUUCCCCAAGGCAUGAACAUGCCUGUUAUGGAUGAUGUCUAUUGGACAUCAUGGAGCCAGGGGUUACUUUCAUGUCUCACAACUGAAAGUUGGAGGAAGUUUAUUGGCAAGAAGAGUGGAACACCUAGGAAAAGUAAGAUUGUAUUCACUGCUCCAGAAGGAGAGGAAAUCACUAGCAAAAGACAGUUGGAGCAGUAUCUCAAAAAACAUCCUGGGGGUCCAGCUGCAUCUGAGUUUAACUGGGGCAGUACUGACACCCCUAGGCGAUCGGCUAGGCUGAGCGGCGGGAAGGAAAAGGAAGCUCCAGCCCCAAAAAGUGAACCUGCAAAGAAGCGAGGCAGGAAAUCUUCUGCUUAUGAAGAAGAGAACGAAGAAACUGAAACUGCACCGGAAGCAGCUGAGGAGACGACUGAAACUGAUAAGGACGGUGCAGAAGUAGAUGCUGGAAAGGAGGAUGAGAACAAAAGUAUGCCACAAGACGGUGAUACUAAAAUGGAAGUAAACCCUACUGAAGAAGUUAAAACUGAUCAAAAUGUUGAUAAAUCUAAUGAAAUUGAAGAAGGAAAAGGCGAAGUGGAGCCUGCGCACUCAAUUGGAACAUCUGAAACUUCAGGAGUACCUGAAAAAGAAAUGGAAAAUGUAGAGGACGAAAAGGUUCAAGAAAAGGAGGAACAACCAGAGGGUGAUGCACCUAAAGAAAAUGUUUCUAAGGAAGAAGAUAAAGCCAACACACCUGUUAAUGAGAAGGAUAGAGUGGACAAAGAGAAACAUGACUCGAAUAUUCCCGAGUCAAUAGGAGAGGCAAAGGAUAAAGGAAUACUGAAUAGUGUGAACGAGACACUCGAUUUCACAGGUUUUGAGGAGGUGAACGAGAAGACACAAGGAGAGGUAAUUGCAAAUGGAAGUGGCGGCAGUGAUGCGAAAGCUUGAAUUAGUACAUUAAUUAGAGGUGGCUUCUUCUCUGUCAUCCUUUGCUGACCUUUUAGAUUGCACAGAUCGUCAGACGACAGUAGCUACCUGCCCCACCCCACCCCACCCUGAUUGUUAAUUUAGACAUUGCUCUAAUAUAGAGUAACAGGUUUAGAUGUAUAGCAGCUUCUCAUUGCUAAACUCGGUCAUUAUACUAGUAUGAAUCAUAUCUCAGAUGGUGGUAACAUAAUCACCUACACACUUUGUAAUAAGUUGCUUCUGCAGAUUUAUGACCAUGAUGUUGAGAAUUA